GAUCCUCCAUCGAAGCCCACGGCUUCUGGAUCCCAUCCACGCCGUCCAACGCCGGAGAAAACGAUGGUGGAAUCGUGGCACCAGAGCCGGAGGCUAGGAUCGUCGACCAGACACUGUCUGCCACGGGCCAGCGAUCAAUCUCAUUAGCGGGGACUUCGAGCGCCGUCGUGGAAAAUCACGAAGAGCGCGGAACCACCUCCACGGUCUCUCUAAAGCUUAAUGGUCCGGUUACGAACGACCCAGUAACCGUUGUCAAAGACGUGGCAUGGAGUCGGGACUCAUCGAACCAAAACAGCCAGCUGAGCGCGCACGGAAUCAAAGAUAAUGAACCAGCCGUCGGAUUUCCUUCCGGCGAGAGGGUGAGGGAUGUCGCGGGGGGCGGACAUGGUGCCGAGACGAUCGAUGAAGUUAAUCUGGAUGGAUCGGGGAACGGGGAUCACGCAGGAAUAUCGAAAAGCUUCGUCGAGUUGAUGAAACAGAGAAACUCGAGAGGAAAUUCGGGGAAUUCGGGAGCCAAGUUGGGGAGUUCAAUGGGAAAGUUGGGAAAUUCGAGGUCAGGAGACUCAUCUGUGAUCGGCACGGGCAAUGUUGAGGAGGAACGUGCGGAAGAGUGGAGUUCCUUGAAGACUGGACUGAGUGGGGUAACAGGUAUUCUGGGUAAUAAGGCGAAAGGGGAUACCAGAGAUCCAAUAGAGGGUUCGAUAGGGUCUAUUGAGGAAUUCUUGAGUGCCAAGGAGGACGAAACAGUGGGAGGAUUGAGGGUGAAGGGCUUUCAAUUUUCUGAGGAGGCGGAUAAAAUGACAAAAGAUGUUGCUGUAGUGAAAAAUGGUAUCCAGAAUUCAAUGAAUGGAGAGUCCAAAAGCUCCGAAGGGUCAAAGGAGAUGAGGGUUGAGAACCUUCAAAGUGUCAAACAGGAGGAUCAGAGGACUCAGGUUGAUUUAACUGCUGUAGUCAAGGAUAGUGUAAUGGAUUCAAUGAACAGAGAGUCCAAAAGCUACAAAAGCUCAAAGAAGAUGAGGGUUGAUAACCUUCAAAGUGUCAAACAGGAGGAUCAAAGGUCUCAGAUUGAUCUAGCUGAUAUAGUAGAGGACAAUACCCGCGAUCCAAUGGACACUGAGUCCGAAAGCUCCAAAAGCUCAAAGAAGAUGAGAGUUGAGAACCUUCAAAGCGUCAAACAGGAGGAUCAGAGGUCUCAGAUUGAUCUAGCUGAUAUAGUAGAGGACAAUACCCGCGAUCCAAUGGACACCGAGUCCAAAAGCUCCAAAAGCUCAAAGAUGAUGAGGGUUGAGAACCUUCAAAGCGUCAAACAGGAGGAUCAGAGGACUCAGAUUGGUCCAACUGAAAUAGUGGAGGACAGAGAGUCCAAAAGCUCCAUAGAAGAAUCCCUAGAUCUUAAAAAGGAUGAGAAACUAGGUAACCCAAGGGCAAAGGAUCUCUCCCCUACCAAACAGCCUAUCAACAGGAAACUUCAUCUAUCUGCUGCAUUAAAUAAAACUCUCAACAAUAUAAUGAACAGCCAAUCCUCCACCGAUGAUCUGCCAUCUCCAAAGGACAAUACAUCACUAACAUCAAAGGUCCCUCAACACAAGUUUGAAACUCAGACUAAUCUACCCUUCACGAAACCAAACAACAUCGUCAACCCACCAAUCCAAUCGUCAGUCUUCACAAGCAACCUACAUUCUCUAGAACAAAGACCAUCAGACUCCCCAACAAAACAGAGACGAGAUUCCAGCGGAUUUCCUACAAAAUCAGAGGUACCAUCCUCAGUGCUCGGUAACAAAGCACCGAACGUCACGUCCACGAAGAUCGAAUCGUUUCCAUUCGAGAACCUCGGUCCGAGAGCAUCAGUUCUGGAUCGUCGGGAAUUUAUCGCGCAGAGUCGAGCUACCAUAACCAGCACGAUGGACGAAAUGACGAGUCCUCAGACGGCUUCCUUCGACGAGGACGUCCCGUUCGAGACCACCGAGUCCGGUAAAAUGGAUGCCGGAGCGUCGAUCGCGUCGACCACCGACAUGGAUCGGUUGAUUUAUCUGGGAACAGGCGAGUACAGAAUCACUACUGCGGCGAACGUGUCCCAAAGCGGUGGGGAUAACUCGUCCCACGAGUUGGAAUAUCAGUGGCCAGUUAAGCACAGCGCGGUCGUAGAGGGUGACCUGGUGCUGGGUGGGUUAAUGAUGGUGCACGAGAGAGAGGAUAGGAUGACUUGUGGCCCGGUGAUGCCGCAGGGCGGCGUCCAAGCUGUCGAGGCUAUGCUGUACACGUUGGACUGGCUGAACGAACAAGACAUCGUGCCUGGCGUGAAAAUCGGCGCUCAUAUACUCGACGACUGCGACAAGGACACCUACGGACUCGAAAUGGCGGUGGACUUUAUCAAAGGUUCAAUAAGCAAUAUAGACGGCGCGGAGUAUCACUGCAAUAAAACUGCAGUGCGAAAAGUUAUCAGCGGAGUCGUGGGGGCCGCAAGCUCGGUCACAUCCAUUCAAGUGGCCAACCUUCUCAGACUGUUCCGGAUACCGCAGGUUUCAUUCUUCUCGACCAGUCCAGAACUCUCCAACAAGCAACGCUUCGAAUAUUUCACGCGGACUAUACCCAGCGACCACUAUCAAGUGAAAGCGAUGGUAGACAUCGUCCUAAGAAUGGGCUGGAGCUACGUGUCCAUCAUAUACGAAGAAAGCAAUUACGGAAUAAAGGCAUUCGAGGAGCUGGAGGAGCUCUUGGGAAAAUACGACAUAUGUAUCGCCAUAAAGGAGAAACUGGUCAAGGAUUCCGGUGUGGCUGGGGAAACGGCGUACGACAAUAUCGUUUUGAAAUUGUUAACCAAACCGAGGGCCAAAGGGUGCAUCAUAUACGCCUCGGAUCAAGAAGUUGCGGAACUUAUGAGAGCAGUGAGACGUUGCAAUGCAACCGGUGCGUUCUCCUGGAUCGGCAGCGACGGAUGGAGUGCCAGAGGGUUAGUCAGCAAUGGUAACGAACCGGAAGUCGAGGGUACUUUAUCGGUUCAGCCCCAAGCCAAUCCUAUCAAGGGCUUCAAAGAGUACUUCUUGAAUCUGACCGUCGAGAACAACCGAAGGAACCCGUGGUUUGUUGAAUUUUGGGAGGAUCACUUCCAGUGUCGAUAUCCAAACGCAUCUCUAACUCCGUACAACAAACGAUACACGAAACCAUGUACAACGAAAGAGCGCUUGACUGCACAGAACACUGCAGUCGAAGACCAACUGCAGUUCGUCUCCGACGCAGUUAUGGCGUUUGCCUAUGCUUUUCGAGAUAUCCACAAACGCCUUUGUCGCGAGCAUCCGAAGAAUUGUGGUCAUAUGAACCCGACCAACGGCACGGAGCUUCUACAAUAUCUCAGAGAGGUAGAGUUCGAAGGUCUGAGCGGUGAUAAAUUCAAAUUCGACAAAAACGGAGACGGGCCGGCCAGAUACAACAUCAUCCAUUUCAAGCAAACCGAGCCCGGCAAGUACAAGUGGGUCCGCGUUGGUAAAUACCUCGAGGGUGAACUAAGGCUGAACAUGUCCGAAAUCCAAUUUAAACUCGGACAUCCUCAGCCCCCCGACAGCGUGUGCGCUCUGCCCUGCGAAGUCGGCCAGGCAAAGAAGUACGUGGAGGGUGAGAGAUGCUGUUGGCACUGCUUCAACUGCACCCAAUAUCAGAUACGACAUCCGAAGGAUGAGACGCAAUGUAUUCAAUGUCGUCAAGGUACCGUGCCAGACGAGACGCAUUCUACUUGUCGUGACAUCCCACAGGAAUUCCUGCGGCCCGAAAGCGGUUGGGCAAUCGGAGCAAUGUCCUUUUCUGCCACGGGGAUGCUGAUAACGUCCUUCGUGUGCGGAGUGUUCCUGAAGCACAACGACACACCGGUGGUCCGUGCAUCGGGUCGCGAGCUGUCCUACGUUCUGCUAUCGGGGAUCCUGCUCUGUUAUCUAGUUACGUUCGCUCUGGUGAUGAAGCCCACGGACAUCGUUUGCGGUAUCCAAAGAUUCGCCGCGGGUUUCUGCUUCACCGUUGUCUACGCAGCCCUAUUAACGAAGACAAAUCGAAUAUCAAGGAUCUUCAACGCGAGCAAACACAGCGCAAAGAGGCCGUCAUUCAUAUCCCCGCGGUCCCAGCUGAUCAUUUGCUCGGGUCUAGUGUCUGUGCAAAUCUUAAUUAAUGGAGUUUGGAUGAUAAUUGAUCCGGCAAAGGCGAUGCAUCACUACCCGACCAGGGAAGACAAUUUACUUGUUUGCAACAGUUACGUCGACGCCAGUUACAUGAUAGCGUUCGCCUAUCCUAUCAUGCUGAUCGUUGUUUGCACCGUUUACGCGGUCCUCACGAGGAAGAUCCCCGAAGCCUUCAACGAAAGCAAACACAUCGGUUUCACUAUGUACACCACGUGCGUGAUAUGGUUAGCCUUCGUGCCAUUAUAUUUUGGUACCGGGAACAACGUCGCCCUAAGAAUCACCUCGAUGUCGGUGACCAUAAGUCUCUCCGCGUCCGUGACCAUAGCUUGCCUCUUCAGCCCCAAGCUGUACAUCAUUCUGAUUCGACCCGAGAGGAACGUUCGUCAGAGCAUGAUGCCAGCUAGAUACAACACAACGAAAAGCUCUGCGGUGACGCCGACAAACGCCUCGAGCAUGAUCGCACCUGUAACGCUCACUGCGGCCACAUGCGAUCAAAAUAAAACUGUCAAGAAACACAUCAUCAACACCAUCGACUGCUCCACGCAAAGCGAAUAUUACGAGUUGGAAGUGAAGGAUCAGAAAAAUGGCAAACCACCCGCCACGGUUGUUUCGCGUUCGACUCAGACCUGCACUAACAACGACAAGGAUUCGAGUGCUGUGGUGGCUGGCAAAGACUCGAAGGAGAACAAUACGACAACGACGAAGGAAAACACCACAACGAAACAAAUAAAUAACAACGCUAGGAUAGGGAACGGACCAGUCAAUCAAACGGACGUCACCUUGUAGCAGAAAGCUUCCAUAGAUUCCGCCAUGUUGUCCGCGAAUUUGAAACCAAUCUCGAAGAAACCCGUAGUGGUUUGAAGGGAACCUAAGAGAAUUACCUUUGGAUAUUUUGUAAAUACGACUGAACGCGAAUCGCGAGGCGUCGAUUAAAAAGAAACUGUGCGCUAAUUGUCCUCAAAGCUGCGGACGAUGUCGAACCUCAACACGUGUGACGAUAGUUGUGUAAAAUCGCACGAUCUUGCGGCGCCUGUUUCACACGUUUGGAGGAAUUUGUUUCGUGUAUGCGCGCUGGGACGAUAAUAAAUUCUAAUUACGAAACCGAGGCUAUAAAUUUAAUUAUCGGAAAUUCUAUGCAAAGAAUGUUUAUCGGAGGAAUUUUAAUAAGUGAUAAACCGGGAGUACACCUAAGCCUCGAGUUACACGGAAUUUUUCACACGAUUUGCAAACUGUGCAUUUCGAAAAUUCAUACUGCAAAUUUAUCGUGCAAUUUAUGCUGCUUUUAGUUCCGUUUAUUUGUUAACAUUGACACUGAACCUACAAAAAUUAACUUCCCCUUAUUUGUACAC